AGUAGCAUUAAUUAAUUCAUGGACAUCUUCACGGUAGUUUCUUCUCAUAACUCCCACAUACUUUUAUAAUCAUCAUCCCACCUCCCCUCGUAAAUCUUCCAAGGAAAACACGAUAGUCAUAAUUGUUUCACCCCACAAACUGCAAUCAUUGACUCACCCAUUUCUAUUAGUUAAUUCAAUGAAUGUAUUUAACUAUAAGACAAUUACAGAAACACAACAAAAUUGAACUUUUUUUUGAAAUUGGAUAUGGAUUUUGUAUGAAUCUGUGAUAAAGAUAUUUACAGCGGCCAUUAGUAAUAUUGUUAGUCUUGCGUGGAUCUCAGAUUUCUCAUCAAAGCCAAGCACUCAAUGCAGGGGUUUAAAAGAGAGUGAAUUUGGUUGAUAUGAGAAGCUUUCGCAGUGAAUCACAGCUAAGCAAGAGCUGGUUUUUUGUGUUUCUAGUUCAUUUGUGAAGUCUUGAUCAUCAUAGAAUAUGCCUCAAGACAGGCUAAGGUCGGUUAUGUAUAGAUCAUUUGUCACUUGUGAUGAUCCCAAAGGUGUUGUUGAAUGUAAGACAACUAUAAAAUCCAAGACUGAUUCUCAGAAAGUGGAGAGUAGAAUUAAAAAUGAAGGGAGUCGAAAGAAUUUGAAUUUGUCUUCAUCGGACCAUGAAAAAAGGAAGGACAAAGUCUCAAAAGGGUCCACAGAGGAGUUACAAAACCUGUCUUCCUUUCAGAUCAUGGAGGUAUCUAGAGGAGCACAUAAAUUGAAUGAGGUGGUUGACUUGUGGUCGAACGGUGUAAGCUUUGAUAAGCAAUCAAAGAAAAUCGCGCAAGACUUGUUAAAAGGCGCACUUGAUCUGCAGGAGUCUAUAGCAAUGCUCGGGAAGUUACAAGAAGCAUCACGUUGCAUGGCUAAGUUGAAUAAAAAGCGGAAGGAAAAGGUUGUGGAAGAGAAAGAAGUAGCCACAGGUACAGAAUUUACGAAUUCCAUUCGAAUUGGAGAUUGCAAUCAAGCAAUGGACUUCCAGAAGCCGAGAAUUUCUGCUGAUGGGUCGACCAGGGAUUGUUAUGAGGAGCUCAGGGAAGUCAUAAGAGAAAGUUUUACCCGGCAAAAUCUGUUGCCAAAAAGUUCCUCCACUCGACAGAGAGAUCAUUUUGAAGGAAGAAAAUCAGACUUAUAUAUGGAUUUCCCCUCCACCAGUUCAAGCCAAUCCUCGCAGGUUUUCUCCCAUGAUUUUGCCUCGUCUGACAGUUCUCCUUUAAAGGUUCAACAAGAGAAGCCGAAGCAAUCAAAUCUAAUUGCCAAGCUUAUGGGACUGGAGGAAAUUCCCACAGAACCUUUGCCCUCAGUCUCCCAAAAGCAUGUGGGAAAAAAUGAAUUCUUUGAUCAGAGAAGAUAUUUAUCUGAUAUUGAUUUGCCAAGGGUGAGGAAGCCUCAGUUUGCAUCCCAGAAAGUAGUUCAAGACCGAAGAACAUUGGAAGAAAUGAUAGAGUCCAUGCAGUUUAAAGGGCUUCUGCAAAAAAAGUCCAUCGAUGGGGAAAAACGUUCUGAUGUCUCUUACUCAAGAAAAGGUUGUCAUGACACGGGCUCACCCAUUGUGCUUAUAAGGCCUCUACACAUUCCCGAGCUUCACAAAAAUUACUACGACCAUGAAGAAAAAGCUUACAAGAGUAAUCAAAUGCCUAGGAAAUGGAAAGAAGAGUUUCCACUUAAUGCAGCUGAACAUCUGAAAGGACCUCUGAAACCCACUGAGCUACACCGGAAAAUGCCAGCUGGAAAAACUCCAAGGCAAAAACACCUUAAGGACGAAGAAACAAAAAAUUGUGGAGACGUAUCAGCAAAACUAGAUGUUAGAAGUAAAGAUGUUCAAGAAAUCCUGUCCUGUACCAAGUUAAAGAUUCAGAAACCGGUCAGCUCUAAGUUGCAGAACAAAGAAUCAGCUUUUACAAAGAUUGACAAGGCACCGAAAGUGUCUCCUGAUACCCAGCAACCAGCAGAAAUAAAAACUUUGAAAUCUCAAGGGUCUUCCAAAACUCGUGUUCUGGGCAACACAACUACUUUGAAGCUCGGAAAACCUGACAAGAUAUCUACUGUCUCGAAGAAUCGGGGUCCACGUGAAAAUGCUACUAUCUCAGAUAAAUUCACAAGACGAACUGCACCAAUGAACUCCAAUAGUCAGAAGAAGAACUUCAAAAACGAUAAGCCAGAUAGCAAGCCCUCACUAGCUAUUGUUGAAACCAUGAUGCCAGUUGAUUUUGCUGGUAAAACUGAAAUAGAUAAGACAGUAAUGCCAUCAGAACAAAUUCCUGAGGAAAUGGCAAAUCCUUCUGGUAAUUCUAUGUUUGAUAAGUGCUCAAACACUUCAAGUCCUCUCGAGGUUUCUAUGCCAAUCAUUGAGGAUGUCAGAUCCAUUGAUGAAGGAAAUUGUGUGCCAAAUAAUAAUGUACCUGAGAAUGAAAGCUGCAAAACAGAAAACUAUACAAGAAGUUUACUUCUGAGUAAUGCAUCAUUCCUGUGCCAUGUGGAGGAGCUCUUUGAUACUCGGACAUGUGGACCAACAUCCUGUCCAACAACAUUAUUACAAGGUUAUGAACUGCUCGAUACUGACCUUUUACUCGACUGUGCAAAUGAGAUGUUGGAGCGUAAAAGACUACAAUGGAUGAUAACAACUUAUCCACUAUCUCAAACUAGGUCAAGAUGUUUCUCAUCUCUUGAUCGAUUGGUGCGAGAAAUUUGUGAUGGGAUCGAGGAUUUGAGGAGUUACAGCAAGCUUUCUAGUGAGAUCAAUAUUGCCGAUGUUAUUUACUCGAUGCUUGACAGAGAUCUAUGGUGCAAGAGAGAUCUUAUAGGAGCAUGGGAUGUGGGUUGGCGAACGGGGUAUACUUCAGAAGGAGUCGAUGAAGUUGUGGCUGACAUAGAGAAGCUAGUUUUAAGUGAAAUAGUUGAGGAUGCUCUCGCAGAUUUCUUGUGCUAGUAAUUUCUACAAAUUCGGGUUUCGAUUAACGGGAUUUACUCUCUCUAUUAUUAUUAUUUUUUAAAUAAGAGAAUCUUGGGGUUUGUGGGGGUGGGGGUUACUACAAUGAGUUGCUGAUUGCUUGGUUCAUAUUUCAAUAGAAUUCAUCUCCUGGCCCUCUGUAGGCAGCUCUGAUGAUGUGAGAGAAAGAAUCGUAAGUAUGGUUUUCUAAAUAUAUGAUUAUUUCAGAGAACAAUAAGUAAAAUUCUUUUGCCACGCAAGCAAUGAAAAUUUUUUAUCCUGCGCAUUA